AUGACGACUAACUAUUUGGUGCCAAACACUAAACCGAUUAAUGGAAAUGUGUUUCAUUCAUUCGAAAAGAUAAAUGAAAUAUUCGCAAAGAAUGACGGUAGAAGAUAUUAUAGAGAACUUGAAAGUUCAUGCUAUGACUCUGAUACUCCAUAUUUUGAUGAUAAACAAACUCAUUUAAGAAUUACAAAUCCGGCUCAUGAUGUGAACCAAUUAGGUGACACAUAUAUUAAACGCAAAGUUAAAGCAACUCUAGUUUCAAAUAAAGCUUUCACAUGUGAUGCCGCUUUUAAAUGCAUGCGUUUAUUCGUUGGUUACAAAUCAUCAAAUCAAAGCUUUAAACAAUUAGAAGUAGAAACCGAAAGAGGUGAUGCCGGUUAUCUUCAGAUGGAUUGCGCCCGUGAAUCUUUCGCAUUUGCAACAUAUAAACCAAAAUCAGAAAGGAAAGUUAAAAAGUUUGUUCAUUCGUUAUAUAAUAAUGUUCAAAAAUAUGAUAACUCAGUAUGUGGUAAAUAUAUUGACCCUUCAGAAGUUUUCAAGAAAGCAAAUGAAGAAGUUGAUGUCACUUUUGAUAUGAUUAUUCCGGUAAAUGAUUUGUUAGCAUUUCAGGCGUUCGAUGAUUAUCCUAAAUCAUUUGGUGAUAUCAUUCUUAAAUAUUAUGUUUUCAGGGAUACUUUAGUAUUUUGUCAGGUUGACCCGUUAAGAGUUGCUGAUUUACAAAAUUACGUUUAUGAAAAGAUAACUGAUGAAAAUUAUGAAAAGAUUAUGAAUCAUGUUUAUAAAUAUGAUCGCAAAUUCCAACAAAUCGGACUUCCUGCCAAAUUAAUUACAAGCUUAGCCGCUACAUCUGCUGACGCAACAGUUGAUGACGUUAUUAUUUCAUGCACAAAGAUGGAAGUUUUAGAGGAUAAAUGCAUUACACCAGGAUACGGUUUAAUUGAAGAAUCAGUUAAAGCAAUACCACGUUUAUUUAGUAAGGAAGAUCCAUUCAUGAUUCCAGCUCAACAUAUUGACGUUCGUUCACUAAAUGGAGGUUGCAUCACUCCUGAAGGUAUUAGCUCAGAUUUCUCAUACGCUCUUCAUAAUGUUACAGAUGUUGUGUUAACAUUUCCGAAGAAUGCAAUGCAAAGAACAGUUUUAGAAAAUCCAAUGCUUCGAGGUCUUCAGGUCACUAUAGAUUCCAGAAACUUCCCCGAUCA